UCUUGAAGAAGCCUCUAAAACAGAGCCAGAUUGCAAAGUCCCUUUCUUAUCAAUUGCUACUCUAUACUUCCUUUACUACCUUAGCUUUACUAUAAAGUUAGCCUGAAAUAGCCUUUUGUUUGUGCUUCUUUUUGCUAAUUUCAUUUUUCAUUAAGUUCCCCUAUUUGACUUCAUUCCUUUGGAUUUUAAUAUUGAAAACUAUUCUCAGUCUUUUGAUAUGAAGUCUUAGUGUGCUCUGCAUUUCAUGCAAGUGGUUGCUCUAUACACAAUACCGGACAAAAUUAGACAAUUUAGUAUACAAAAAUUUAGAUUAUUUUUCUUGAUUAAUACUAUCGAGAACUAUCCUAUCCUCCCGAUCAUGAAAUUUUACAUUUGCAUUAUCUGCAUACUCUGUUUGGGUGUAUGGUGCAAUGGAGAUGAUGAAAAUGUGUCAGCUCCAAUGAAGAAAACAGAACAAGAAGCUCUGUAUUCUACUAUUCAAGAUUUUGUGGUUAAAUCUUGGAAUGGAUCAGAUUUGUAUCCAGAUCCAUGUGGUUGGACUCCAAUACAGGUAAAAUAUUUCUACUUUUUAAUUUUUUUAACCCCUUUUUGGCAUCAGUAAAAUGUAUAUGAUGCUAAACAUUUUUGAAAUUACUGCAUAUACCUAUACUGAGUAUUUUGUUAUGUUUUCUGAACAUUUGUGUCACCUGCCAUUUUCAUCGACCUAUUAUUUAGCUGUUUUAAGUGUCAUAAAAUGAUCAGAAAACACAGGCAUUCAAAUUUGUAGGAUCUUUUACAUAUUUCAUAUCAAAAUUUCGAGGGGACCAUCGUCUAUCCCAUCUAAUAUCCAACUUUAGUUUCAUUACCAGAUUGUGAAAUCUAAUUCGUUAUCUUCCACAGGAUCUCUUGUGAUCUAUUUGAUGGCUUUUGGCAUGUCACAGAAUCGAUAAUUGGACCUAUUCAUGAUAAUUCUAUUAAAUGUGCUCAAGAUAUGGAACUUAUAAGUUCCCAUUUAUUCUCACUAAGGCACCUAAAAUCACUCUCACUCUUCAAAUGCUUUGUCUCAUCGCAACAUCAUCCUGUUGCACUUCCUACAGAGAAUUGGUUCUCUUGCUGGAAGCUUGGAGGUACUUGAAUUUCGAUCAAAUCCCGGUCUCGUUACAAAAAUCCCGGCUACUUUUGGUUACCUCAGGAAUCUCCAUUCAUUGGAAAAUGAUAGUCUGUCAAGGCCAUUUGUACAGAGCCUGGCCAGACUAUCUCUCAAAUAAGGGGCCCACACCCAUUUUUUAAGGGCAAAAAAAAUGCCCACCCUCUCAUAGUAUGGCUAGGGUCUGUGCAGAUGACCCUGGCAAACUAGCAUAGUCCCCAUUCAUUAGUGCUUAUGCAAAAUGGGCUAAAAGGUGAAAUACCGACUACUAUUGGCUACUUAAUCAACUUAAAGCAGUUGAAUCUUGCUGGAAACUCUUUUAAGGGAAGAAUCCCAGACAAGUUUGGUGGGCUGAUUCAGCUUCAAAUUCUUGAUAUGAGCAGAAAUUCACUAUCUGGUGCUCUGCCUUUGAGUUUUGCAGGGUUAACUUCACUAUUGAAGCUUGAUUUAAGCAAUAACCAAUUGGAAGGCAAAAUCCCAUAUGAGUUUGGAAAUUUGAAGAAAUUGACGUUAUUGGAUCUUAGUAACAACAGAUUUUCAGGUGGAAGAACCAAAUCAUUUGAAGAAAUGAGUUCAUUGGAAGAGUUAGUCCUCUCGAACAAUCCCAUUGGGGGAGACCUAAUGAACGUCAGGUUGCCUAAUCCGAUAGGCCUAACCGUAUUGGACAGGUCUAAUACGAGUUUGACAGGUGAAAUUCCAGAGUCCAUUGCAGAGUUAAAGGGACUCAGAUUUUUGGGUCUUAAUGAUAACAAACUCACAGGGAACGUCCCCCCAAAGCUUUCAUUUUUGCCUAAUGUUAGUGCAACGUACCUCAAUGGAAACAAUCUAACUGGGGAGAUAAAAUUCUCCGAAUGGUUUUAUGGAAAAAUGGGUCAGCGUUUUCGGGUCUGGGACAACCCGAAUCUCUGCUACUCCAUUGGUUCGAUACAAACAAGGCAUGUUCCGUCUGGGGUAAAACAAUGUCAGCAAGAAGCCAAAAUGCAGCAGUUGAAAUUUAGAUGAAAUUAAACUUUUCAUUCUAUCUGAAAUUUAUUCAUCUUUUGUGAUCUCCUCAAUUUUAUCGUGAUAACUAACAUCGGCAUAUUGUACACAUAUCUAAUGUUAGUUCUAAAUAUGUGAAUCACAUAUUAAAAUUUUGAUCUUUGGAAUCGUUCAUAGGUAAAAUCAGAAUU